GAAAGGACAGGACGCUCCGGAGCUGUGCUGGAUUUCUGUCACCUAGUUAUCCCCGUCAUAUUUGGACCUUUUGAACCGUUUUUCCACCUUGCGCCACCCGGCGUAGUGAAUGAACUUACGCUCUUGGCACCAAGAACUGGCUCCUAACCAUGGGCAGCUCUGCACAACAGUACAGCCUUGGGUGGAGCGAUUUUGAUUCCUCUCUGAAACAUGCAGUCAAAGGACUCCGAACAAGAGGCGAUCUUGUGGACGUGACUUUAUCUGCAGGAGGACGAACAUUCCUUGCACACAAAGUUGUUCUUUCUGCGGCUAGCUCCUUAUUUUUAGACCUGUUAAAGGUGGCUCAAUGUCAGCAUCCCGUAAUUUUAUUAGCAGGCAUUGGUGCAACUGAACUAGAACAAGUGCUGGAUUUUGUGUACACCGGUGCGGUGAGUGUACACCCCUCUGAGUUGACCGCUCUUUUGCAAGCAGCUCAUAUUCUCUGUAUACGUGGUCUCGUUGAAGGAUCCAUUACUGCCGAUGAACCAGAACUUCAGGGUGAGGCUGAGGCAGCCCUAGCCAUCUCAUCUGAGGCUGGUCAAAAAGUCAAUGCAGCGUCACUUGCUGCAGCAACAAAGACAGACAUUUUAGCUACAGUUAGUGCAUCAGAAUCAUCCUGUCGCAAAAGGAAGCCAAAGACAGAGGACUGCGAUAGCAGAGACAGACCUCACGAAAAGUGGGGAAAAGUUGAUUCUGAAGAUGAUGACUCUGAUAUUGAAAGUACCCCCAAAGAAAAUCCCACAAUCACAACAGGAACUCAAACAAAGCCAGCACAAACCCAUGUGAGCCAAACCAUAAAGAAAGUUGUUAGUAGCGUGACAGAAGAUGCACCGAAGUGUCAGAAGCAAAAUGCCAGCAAUUCAGCAUUAUUACCUCCUGAUAUUCCGAGGACUGCCUCAUCACUUGUCGAUGAUUCAAAUUUAAUUCCUGCUCAUCAUUUAGUCAUGAAUGAUGAGGAAAACAAGGAUGAUUCAUAUGGAGAUGUUGCAGCAGCUGCUGAUGCUGCAGCCCUUGCAGCUUCAAUAUUGGCAGACAAAAAAGGUCUUUCGGAUCAACCUGCUGCUUGUCCUCUUUGCCAUGCUAUCAUUCGUCAAUCAAGAAACCUGCGCCGCCACCUUGAAUUAAAACACUUUGGAAGAAAGCCAAACAAAAACAAAAGUGGAAAGCGGAAAAAAAGCGCAAGUCAAGGUGAUACAGAUAAUGAGUCAAAUGCUGGCUCAGUGGCAGACACCUCAGUUAUUGAUCACGUUCAAGUAGAGAUGAAGAGCCCCUCAGUUUGUGAUACAGGUCUGCCUUCAGUUUCCACAUCUUCCUCAAGCAGCCCAACCCAUAAUCAUCCUUCCAAACUUCAUACCUUGACUGAAUUACAGCCAGCCCACCAACAUCAUAAUGUUGAAGCCUAUCUCCAUCAGCAACAACUUCAGCAGCUCGACUCAUUCCCUCCUCAUGUUGGCAUCAACCCGGCAUCAACGAAUGCCACUUAUCAGAUACCAUACCCUCACCCCCAUCCGCACCUAUCUAUGCUUCGAGGUGAUCCUCAUGCAAUAUUGGGGUCAGCGGAGAGCAUUGCAUUUCGCGCUCAACAGCAGUUCUCAUUAUACAGAGGAAACACAAGUUCCUCAAAUCAUGAAUAGCAUCAGCCAAAUUUCUUAUAUUGGAUGUUGAUGUUGUGUCCUGCACCUGUCAUGCACCAAUUUGAGAAAAGGAAACAGGUGGAUUUUAUUUGUUUGUGUACAUACGUUGUCAUUAAAUUAUUUUUUAUUGAAUGUUGAUCCUCAUCCUCAUGAAUUUCGCUCAUUGGCAGGCGCAACAGGAGUGCUUUCUUCAUUUUGGAGAUUUUUUUAUUUCGGACCCUUUUUGAGAUCCAUUUUAUCAGGAGUAAGUUUGUUUUCAUUGCAGAAGUCAUAUGGUAAAACAAAAUAAAUGCGAGCUACAAGUA